UUUCUGACUCACCCACCACCUAACCCGCAUCACCCGCUUUCAAGUGCUCCCGCACUUCCCCACAGUCAAGGGCCUCCGCUGAGGAAACUCGCGUACCCCUACUGUUCUCAUAAUUAUCCCUUGUAAAAUCGCUAUUACCCGGCUAAUCAUCUGUUGUCGCCGGAUCCCAGCUCUUCUCUGUUGUUAUACUCGUGUUAUCGCUCAAUUAUACUCUACUUUCCGUUCUUAGAACCCCUGUUUUUCACCAAUGGCCAUGACUCUUCCAAUCGCUUCUUCUUCCACUCCCUCUGCUGGUAAUUCACCAGCUUCAGUAGACGGUUCUGUUCCCCCUCAAACGCCCAUUACUCCUACCGCCGGCCAAACUCUGUCUCUUCCCUUGGCAUCACCGACGGAGCAGAACCACAAUAACCAAUCACAAAGUCCUAGCACCGCCCCAGCCAACGGCGCUGUUACACAGGUCAAGCGAAAGCCCAGUCGCCGAGCCAAUACUGCCGAAAGGCGUGCUACUCACAACGCCGUCGAGAGGCAGCGCAGAGAGACUCUCAAUGGCAGAUUUUUGGACCUUGCUGCACUACUUCCUAAUCUUUCCCAGAUCCGCAGGCCAUCCAAGUCCGCGAUCGUCAAUUCUUCGAUCGCACACGUUCACGCAUCAAGGCGUCACCGCUUCCUUGCUUCGCGGGAGCUGCGUGCUCUCAAGGGAGAAUCAGAUGCCCUUCGCCGAGAACUCAACGAAUGGCGUGAUCGUGCCGGUCUUCCUUGUGUGGAAGAGCCCAUUCGUGGAGAUGGCUUUUCCAUGGUCCUUAAUGGCGAAGUCGAAAUCAUUGCAGCUGUCAUCGGAGAGGAAGAUGAAGAAGGACAGGCGUAUGACGGAUACGAGGAGGGUGAUGAUGAAUUCGCUAGUUCGAUGCCAGGCGCCAUGGAAGACACUGAUGAUCCCAUGGCCACCGCCACGAUGCUCAAGACCGGCAUGUAUGCGCAUGGGAAUCUUCCCCCCACUGAUGUCAACAUCGCUCAUUUGAUGCCACGCGGCCCGCCUAAUUCGCACGGCGGUCCCAUGAUCGCACAGAUGCCGUCUUCUGUUUCCUUCGACAACCCAGAGAUGCCUUCGGUGUAUGAACCUCAGGUGAAUUUCGCCGCACCCCCUUACAUGGGGCACCACCAUCCCGCUAUGGAACAACAUAAUUUGAAGGCGUGGACAAACAUGUACACCGGCUAUAACCCUCAGCAGCUCCAGCAGCUUCAGAUGCAGCGCAAUUUGAUCACCCCUCCCAACGGCUCGCACAACAUGGGACCAUCAGCGACGACUGGCAAUCACUUUGGUGACCAAGUGACUCUCGCCAGCCUCAAGCGGCAGCAAAUGCUCGCACUUCAACAACAUCACAGCGCCAUGGGGUAUAUCGGUGAUGCUGAUGACGCAUCUUCAGUCGGAUCUGGUCACAGCGGGGAGAGGAGUGGUAGCUUCAGUCCCGGCUCUGGAUACGGCUCACCAUCGCAUGCUUCACCUAUGAACUACGAGAUCGCAAACGCCCAUCCUGAUUACUGUAUACCUAAACGGUUGAGCAUGGGCAACCUCCACAUCAACACCGGUAUUGCAGGGUCGUGGGGUGGCAGGGGUGACGAUGGGAUGGGAGGCAUGGUAACGAAGCAAGGUUUAGGCGCUCCAAUUAACGUUGGCAGUAGCGGAGGAUAUGGCAUGAUGAUAUGAGGCCUACAAGCUUUGGAGCAGUGCACCUGAUACCCGUGCCGUGCACAAUCGCCUUUGGAUUUUUAGGGCGACGUAUCGCUCUCCCUCGCUUCUCUUUCGCAUACUGUGCUCUGACCAUGUUUUGUCAUCUAUAUUUCGGUAUCCCACUUCCGCUCAUUUUGUCUCAGGUGGCCUCUCGAGUUCCUUUGCUUGAUCAUUUUUAUUACGAG